AUGAAUUGGCCAGCAUUGGAAAGUGACCCCGAAAUUUUCACUUCUUACUUCCGCUCUAUCGGUCUAAGCCAAAACUACGAGUUUGCUGAAGUUUUUACCCUCGAGGAAGAAAUUCCUUGUGAAGCUGUAAUCUUGGCUUACAACUACACCGGUGAAAAUCCUCCUUUUGAAGGUGAGCAAAUUGGAUCACAAUAUUUCAUCAAACAAGUUAACACCUUAGACAACGCUUGCGGACUAAUUGCUUCAAUACAUGCCAUCCUUAACUCAAACAUAGAAGUAGCUGAAGGAAGCAUUUUAUCUGAACUAAAAGAAGGAGUUCGUGAUAAAUCUCCUGAAGAUGCUGCAGCGUGGCUUAUACACCAUGAAGGGCUCCAUAACACCCAUAGACAAUAUGCUCAAGAAGGACAGUCUAACAUCACUGAUGCUCCAAAUUAUCAUUUUGUUGCAGUGAUGCCUGGCUUUGUGCUGUAUGAUGGGCUAAAACAGUCACCAAUUCGUCUGAAUUGUGAAGGAAGCUUGAGCUUGGGAUUCUUCAGGCAUGUUCAGCACUUGCUAGAAAACAAUAGAAUUUCUGAAGACAUGAACAUUAUGGUUCUUAAAAGCACUAAUUAA